AUGCAUAGGAAGAGAACUCCAUUGUUGAUCGCUGUUAAGAGUGGUAGUAUUGAAACUGUUGAUAUUCUAUUAACUAAUGGAGCUAGAACAAAUGUUGUGUCUAAAGAUGGUAAAACUCCACUGCAUUAUGCUGGUAAAUCUGGUAAAGUUGAAAUGCUUGAGUUUUGGAUUAGGAGAGGAGAUUAUGAUGUGAAUGUUAAAGAUAAAAGGAAAAGAACUCCAUUGUUUAAUGCUGUUAAGAGUGGUAGUGUUGAAGCUGUUGAUUUUCUAUUAACUAAUGGAGCUAGUGCUGAUGUUGUAGAUAUAGCUGGUACAACUCCACUACAUUGUGCUGGUAAAUCUGGUAAAGUUGAAAUGCUUGAGUUUUGGAUUAAGAGAGGAGAUUAUGAUGUGAAUGUUAAAGAUAAAAGGAAGAGAACUCCAUUGUUUAAUGCUGUUAAGAGUGGUAGUAUUGAAGCUGUUAAUAUUCUAUUAACUAAUGGAGCUAGAGCUGAUGUUGUGUCUAAAGAUGGUGAAACUCUACUACAUUGUGCCAGUGAAUCUGGUGAAGUUGAAAUGCUUGAAUUUUGGAUUAGCAGAGGAGAUUAUGAUGUGAAUGUUAAAGAUAAAAGGAAUAGAACUCCAUUGUUCAAUGCUCUUGACAGGUUUAAUAGUAGUGUUGAAGCUGUUGAUAUUUUGUUAACUAAUGGAGCUAGUACUGAUGUUAUGGAUGCUGAUGAUGAUAGCACUCCAUUACACUGUGCUAGUGAAACUGGUAACUGUAAAAUUAUCAAAUUAUUGAUAACUAAAGGAAAGGCUGAUGUGAAUGCUGUAGAUGAGGAUGGCAAAACUCUACUGCAUUGUGCUGGUGAAUCUGGUGAAGUUGAAAUGCUUGAGUUUUGGAUCAAGAAAGGAGAUUAUGAUGUGAAUGUUAAAGAUGAAGAAAAUAAAACUCCAUUGUUUAGUGCUCUUAGCAGGUUUAAUAGUAGUGUUGAAGCUGUUGAUAUUCUAUUAACUAACGGAGCUAGCACUGAUGUUGUGGAUACAUCAUACAGUGGUACCACUCCAUUACACUGUGCUAUUGAAACUGGUAGCAGUAAAAUUAUCAAAUUAUUAAUAACUAAAGGAAAAGCUGAUGUGAAUGCUGUGGAUAAGAACAACAGAACUCCAUUGUUUAAAGCUGUUAAGAAAGGUAAUAUUCAAGCUGUCGAUAUUCUAUUAACUAAUGGAGCUAGAACUGAUGUUGUGGAUAAAGAUGGUGAAACUCUACUACAUUGUGCCAGUGAAUCUGGUGAAGUUGAAAUGCUUGAGUUUUGGAUUAAGAAAGGGGAUUGUGAUGUGAAUGUUAAAGACGAAAGGAAUAGAACUCCAUUGUUCAGUGCCCUUGAGAGGUUUAAUAGUAGUGUUGAAGCUGUUGAUAUUUUAUUAACUAAUGGAGCUAAAACUGAUGUUGUAGAUGAACAUGAUGAUAGCACUCCAUUACACUGUGCUAGUGAAACUGGUGACAGUAAAAUUAUCGAAUUAUUAAUAACUAAAGGAGAGGCUGAUGUAAAUGCUGUGGAUAAGAACUCCAUUGUUUAA